AUGGGCCUUCGUCGCUCACACACCAAGUCUCGCAGCGGCUGUCGGCAGUGCAAAUCCCGCCGCAUAAAAAUCGAAUGUGACCUGGUGACCCGAACUCGGCCAGCAUUGCCUCGACCUGCCUCCAACGCCUGUAGUUUCGACCGUGGUGACACGGCUUCAAGCGCUCCUGCAACACCAGCAGCGACAGCGUUGUCUCCCCUUGAAAUCGCCCCUGCAGCUUCAUCGGGGCCGAACGGUGCGGCCUUGGGGGCCCCCAGUCCGUUCGCGGCGGCUAACAUCCCAGACCUCGAGCUGCUUCACCACUACACGACCUUCACGUAUAAGACACUCCCUUCCGGCGCAGCAGGGGCACACCACGAACUAUGGCAAAUCCAAGUCGUCAGACUGGGAUUCGAGCAUGAGUUCCUCCUUCGAGGCAUCUUGGCCGUCUCUGCCUUGCACCUUGCCUCGCUCAACCCGGCCCGGCAGGAGGAGCUGGCCCUGCGUGCUUCCGCUCACCAGAGCAUAGCAGUCCAGUUCUUCCACCAGGCGCUUAACAGCGUAGACCCGCACAACUGCGUUGCCAUCUUUGCCUUUUCAUGCAUCGUCGUUGCUCUGACGUUUGCCACCCCGAGACCUCCCCAGGUCGGGGCUGGAGUAGGCACCGGCAUAGAUACAGACAGUCGUAUACAAAAAGAGAUAUUCGACUGGUUCUAUAUGGUCCGUGGCUGCAACUCGGUGGUCCAGACACAAUGGGAGCCGCUGUCGCAGAGCUUUCUUGCCCCGCUACUAAAGAAAGGUAUGAUACACGAGACCGCCGCUGCACACGACGUAUGCGAUGCGGAUAAGGUAGCGGAACUAUUCCAGCUGUGUGCUGGUGCGCCCGGUGACCGUAGCACAGAUGUAGGCACGCCAGAAACGGCUGGUUCUAGCGCCGGUCGUGCUCGGGACCGUGAAGCAUCCACUGCCUACACCUGGGCUAUCCACGAGCUUGUCAACACCUAUACCCAGGUCUCCGUGCUGAUGAAACGGGGACAGGACUUCGUCCCCGCUAUAUUCGUCUGGCCCAUAGCUAUACCGCAGCAUUUCCUGGUUUUGCUGAGCGAGCAACGGCCGGAGGCUCUGGUGAUUCUAGCCUAUUACGCUGCUCUCUUACAGCGGGUGGAUGACCAGUGGUAUAUGCGUGGAUGGGCGAAUUACCUUGUCAAUUCAAUCGACUCGACGCUGCCGGACCAGUGGGCGUCGUGGCUUAAGUGGCCCAAGGAAGUGACGGCGGUAUCGUGA